AUGGCGAGGACGGCCUCGCUUCGCAGCAACAAUAACAGACGUGCACGGGUGGAUGACGAUGAGGACGAGGAAAGGGAUCGGAGACACCCCUCGCAACGUAUUCAAAGUCCCAGCGGUACCCCAACAACCCGUUCUGUCACCUCCACACCUUUACCCCAGAAUCAACCUGGUCCUUCCUCUAUCCCUGCACCGCAGCUGGUUGGCCCAAAUCCGUUCCACACAAUUGUUCCUGGCCUAUCUGAUACCGAUGCCGCGCAGGCUGCAUCAGGACCCCAUAAUCCCUUCAAUUUCCUGCGGGACUUCGUUGUCAACAGUAGCACCAAUCCAACAUCCAUCCCCACAGCAGCUCCCACGGAAGGCGCCGCAGCCCACAACCCCGCGCAAGGACCAUCCACUCGGACCUUUACGCAUCGAACUGACGACGGGUUCAUGACCGUGGAAGUCAGCACUGGGCCAAUCAUGUUCGGAUUGCCUAUGGCUAACCCACCAGCCCCCGUCUCACAACCGCCACCUACCGCGCAAGGAGAUGCCCCGCCCGCCGCACAACAACAACAACCGCAACAGCCACUACCUAACCCACCCCACGGUCCUCCAGGAAGCCUAACAGACCUCCUAGCUCGACUGGGCGUCCCCUUAGGGCCUGGCGGUGCAAUGAACCUGGACCUCGGUGGCUUGGGUCUGCCGUUAGGCCUCUUCGGUGAUCUACAAGAGAAAGAUGACCCAGAGCGGGCGAGGAAGCUUGUUGAUGGCUUGGAGGAGGUGCCUGUGGGGCUUGUAAGGCGGCUGGAGAGAGUAGGAGGAUCAAGUGGUGGGGCGGGCGAAGAUGAUGGGCGCGGUGGGGAUGGAAUGUGUGCGAUUUGCUGGGAUCGGUUGUUGGAUGCGGAGGGCGAGGGCUUUGGGAAGGAAGUAAAGAAAGAGGAUCUCGCCCAGAUGCCAGCUGAGGGCGAGGCGUCUUCAUCGUCGGCAUCGACGUCAGAGGCGAAGGAGGAGGAUCCUGCUGAGAAGAAGUAUCCGAAGAUUGUUUCCCUUCCAUGUGCCCACGUCUUCCAUGCCGACUGUCUCCUUCCGUGGUUCUCAAGGCCAAGACACACGACGUGCCCGACGUGCAGAUUCAACAUCGACCCACACAACCUUACCUAUGUCUCAGCCGCAAGGAGGCGGCAGAUGGAGCGGGAUCAAGCCCAUGGUACCGCUGGACAUACCCCUGCUGGCGACGCAGACGCGAAUAAUAAUAACAACAUCGAUAAUGCGCCCAAUCCAAACCCCACAACGCCAGCGACGACAACCGAAGGUGACGCCCCAAUCCCUCCGGUAAAUCCUCUCAAUGUCAACGUCGGCAUUGGAAACCGAGGUUUCCACGUACGGCGCACGAAUCACGGAGUUAUUAUUUCUUCGAACGAUGAAGGCCUCGAUGAGUUGGUGGAGCAGGUUAACAAUCAAGGUCCUCUCGGCCCUUUACCCCCUCAGGCUCCUGCCGCGGGGGCCGCCCAGAAUCCCAUCCCAGCACCGGCUCAACCCCAGCAGCAACCACAAACAGAACAGGAUGGCGCUGCAACACCACCGCCGCCCCCGCCACCCCCAGGCCCGCAAGGACACCCCUGGCAAACGUUCGUAGACUCGGUCGUUCAGCGAGUCAACCAAAGUCUUGCUGCUGCUGGCCUUGCUCAUGCUCAGUUGCCCCAACAACCUCACCAACAGCCGCAAUAUACUUUCCCAGUCCCGAACCCCAUCAUGCCGGGAUGGGCCCCCGUCCCUGGUCCAACAUGGCCGGGUGCGAACGUCGGUGUUAAUGCGAACGCGAAUGCGGGAGUUCAGGCUCAACCAGGCCCCGCAAACGCCAAUGCGAACACCAAUGCAGCAUCGGCACCAACACCACCUCAGGCCCAACCUCAACCUCAAGCACCUCAAGCACCGGCAGAACAGGCGAGGACACAAGGAAUGGCACCAGGUGUCCCAGAUGGUCGUCUGCCAACGCUACCAUCCUUACCUGUUCCGAUGAACGUAGGCAUACGGACGACGCCGAUAGUACAAACCAUCAACCUUGGAGGCUUUCCCGUUGUUAUCAACGGUAACGCCGUACCAGGUGGGAGUGUCAAUCCACCUGCUGGCCCAGCCCACCCCCCUCCAGCGCCUCCUCAAACUCACCCUCAGAUCAAUGUCAGUGUUGGUCCUGCAGCCAAUGCCAACGUCAACGUCAACCCCCCGCCUCCUGCUAGUAUCCCAUUGCACGAGGGCGGCACGGAAGUCCUGCGCUUGACAUUCGAUAUGGUGUUUAAUCCCGCCCUCGGUGCUGUCCCGAGGCCUGCCAAUCUAACCCAGGCCCCGGCACAACAGCAGCAAGCCCAACCUCAACCUCAAGCCCCGACUCCAGUACAAGUCCCAGGAGCUCCAGGAGCUCCGCAGCCUAAUCCUCGGGCUCAACAAACCCAACCCCAACAACCGUUCAUCAUGCCCAACGCCGCCAACGCCCUUAACUUCAUGAUGCAGGGCUUCGAGGGCGACUUUGAUCAAGACCAGAUGAUUGACGAUGUACUGAGGGAAGCGUUUGACCCCUCUGUUGUAGAUGGGAUCAAUCGUCGAGCACGAGAGCAGGCGCAACAUAUAAUGGAUUCUGUCCGCGCGGGCCGCGAUGGGCGUCCGUUGCCGCCACCUUUGCCUGAGAUAUCGAUUGAGGAAUGGCUGGGUGGGCCAUUGCCUCGAGCUGAGGGCGAGCAAGCACAGGCUCAGAUGCCAGCUCAAACACAACCAACUCAAGCGCAACCAGCUCAAGCACCGACGCAACAGCGACAGCAACAACCGCAUAACGGGCAGCCUCGUAUGGUCCAUGUUGCUACUGACCCACUUUUCCAGAUCAUUGGCGGAGUGGGAGAUCCAGCUGGUGGAGGCAUACGAAUUGCGUCAGGGUCGGGACGCACGGUUGGCGAGGCGUUCCAGCAGAUCUUCGCGGGAAUGGGUGCAGGUGCUCAGCAAGGAGCACAAGCGCAAACUCAAGCACCUCCACCUCCAUCAUCAACACCAUCUACAGCAGCUCCUCACGACACGCCUCCGACAGGUGCUCAAACCCAACCGCAGCAACCGCAGCCUCAAACAGGCCUGCAGGAUAUCCUUCGUAUGUUCGCGCCUCCUCAGCAAGGUCCCACGCCUGCACCCGGAGCAACGCCAGCCACGACCCUUGAAGGCGUUGCCGCCCAAACUCAGCGUCUACUUCAGCAACUCGCUCAAGAGCAGCAACAGUUGGAAGCAUUUGUUCGUGCUCUAUUCGCCUCUCCGACCCCUGGCCAGCAAACCCCCGCACCGACGACGGCAGGAGUAACACCUGCUGCAGGUGGCCCUUCGACGGAACAGCAGCAAGACUUCGAGGAUUUCUUCCGUCAGGCAGCUCCUACGCCGGCUGAACGCGCUCAGCAGCCUGGCCAGCCUGGUGGAACCCCCUUCAGGUUCUUCGACUUGUUUUCCGGCAUGCGCCCCCAUCCAGUCCCAGAGCGACCGAAGGGUCCUUGGGUCCUCCCACCACCACCUGGUCUGACCCUCCGCCAACGUGUCGAACGCCGCGAGCGAGAGGCAGGUCUUCGGUGCCACGACGUCAGUUGUGGGCUUGGUCCCUCCGACGAGGACCCGUUUGGAGCCGAGCUUGGCGAGGCUACUGUCCUCCAAGGGGUGAAACAACUCUCGGUUCGGGUGAAGGGUGAAUCUGGGCAAGGAGAGAACGGAGAACGUGUGUGCGAGCAUACAUUCCAUAGCGGAUGCUUGGUUAGUGCGGAGCGGGUUGCGUUGAAAGGGGCAGAUGCGAUCGUAGAUGGCGAUGAGAAUAUCGAGGUGUCAUGUCCUGUCUGUCGCCAUGCUGGGUGUAUGACAAAGGAGGAGUGGGAGGAGGGUGUGCAUGCACUCACGCUCGCAUAG